AUGACGUCAUCGGAGUGCGACGGUGCCAAAGAGGUUUAUAUGACUUCUUAACAGACAGAAAAACGAUGACAACAAGUUUAAAACAAGCUUUAAAAACCCACUUUGGGUUCGACAGCUUUAAGUCCAAACUACAGGAAGAUGUUGUCAAAGCGGUUGUCAGAGGUGACAGGGAUGUGUUUGUGUGUAUGCCCACUGGAGCAGGAAAGUCUCUCUGCUACCAGCUGCCUGCAGUGCUGGCUGAGGGCAUCACUCUGGUUAUAUCCCCGUUAAUCGCCCUCAUUCGGGACCAAGUGGAUCACCUGAGGGAUCAUAACAUCCCUGCCUGCUCCAUCAACUCCAAGCUCCCAGCAGUUGAGCGACGUCUGAUCCUGGCCGACUUGGGGAGUAGCAGCCCCAAGUUAAAGCUUCUCUAUAUCACCCCAGAGAUGGUGGCCUCUCCUUCUUUCCAGCCGUGCCUGACAGACCUGUGUUCCCGCAGCCUGCUGUCCCACCUGGCCGUGGACGAGGCUCACUGCGUGUCUCAGUGGGGUCAUGAUUUCAGGCCAGACUAUCUCAAACUGGGUGAGCUGCGAGCUCGUUUGCCUGGAGUUCCCUGUUUGGCUUUGACGGCAACAGCACCCAAGAAUGUACAAGAGGACAUUAUUCAGUCCCUGAAGCUGCGCUUGCCACUGUCUUUUAUCACACCUGUUUUCCGCAAUAACCUGCACUAUGAUGUGAUCUUCAGGGAACUGCUGCCGAACCCCUACGUCCACCUCCAUGCCUUUAUUAAGAAGGCACUGAUGCUGGACAGUGGGUCUAAUGGACAGGGCUGUGGGAUCGUGUACUGUCGGACAAGGGAAGGCUGUGAGACAGUGGCCUACCAGCUGACCAAGCUUGGGAUUUUGUCUAAGGCUUAUCAUGCAGGUCUGAAAGCUGGAGAUCGCACGGAGGUUCAGAAUGAGUGGAUGCAGGGCAGGGUGCUGGUUAUUGUUGCGACCAUCAGCUUUGGCAUGGGAGUAGAUAAAGCUAAUGUCAGAUUUGUAGCUCACUGGAACCUUGCUAAGUCUCUAACCAGCUACUACCAAGAGUCUGGGCGAGCAGGUAGAGACGGCCUGCCCUCCUCCUGUCGAACAUACUACUCCGCGAAGGAUAAGGCACAAAUUAAUUUCUUCAUCUGCCAGGACGUCAACCGGAGACAGCGAAAACGUGGCUCUGCAAAGGAGAGCGACAAAGCAGCCAUCACUGAUUUUGAAGCCAUGGUGUCAUUUUGUGAGAGAGAAGGUUGCCGCCAUGCCACCAUUUCCAAGUUUUUUGGUGACAAGACGCCAAACUGUGCCGGUGCCUGCGACUUCUGCAGCAACCCCAAAGUCGUGCAAGCUCAGCUGGCCAGAGCUGCUGCCCUCAGAACCAACACACUUGCAGCUCCGAGCAACACGCCCAAAGGACCAUUCGGGUUCCAGGCGGAUCUUUACGAAGGAGGGAAGAAGGGAUACGGAUUUGAAAGGUAUGAUGAAGGGGGAGAAGGGAAUGAAGAUGACGGCACAAAGAGGAAGAAGGAGUUUUCUGACCUCUUCAAGAAGCAGAUGAAGCUGCGGAAGGGCAGCGACAGUCAGGGGGAAGACUUUAUUCCACCAGAUGCUGACUGUCCGCUCAGAGAGGCCAGCAGCCAGAAGAUCCCCAAACUCACAGUAAAGGCCAGAGAGCACUGCCUGCAACUCCUGCAGGAGUCUCUGUACGGCCAGCAGGGGGCAGAAGAUGCAUUCAACUAUGACAGUCUGUCCUUAGCGGUGGAUAUUGAGCACGAGGUUUUCAAAAACAGCAAAUCCUCCAACUUGUAUAAAGCUGCUGUUUUAAAGAAGGUAUCUGAGAUGAAGAAAGCUGCACCUGCUUCAACAAAGGUAGAAAAAGUAGAAAGCAAUAAAACCAGAACCUCUGAUUCCAGAGAAACUGAGGCAGAAGUCGCAUCUUCUUCCUCAUUUACUCAUGAGAUGGUGGGGUUCACUUCUGCAUCAGAGAUGUACUCACUGAAGCGUAAGAGAAUAGGUGCAGGUCAGAGAGGCUCCUCCAAUCCUUUCAUCACUGCCAAGGAUCUGCUGAAGUCCUCCAUGUUAGACACGGAGUCUAACAAAGAGAAGGAAAGCGGCAGGUUUUUCAAUGACAGCUCAGGAGAUAUGAAGGCAAAAAGGGAGAGACUAAAAGAGACAAACAUGGACACAUCAUCGGCUGCAUCGUCAUCCAUUAAAGCCAGAGCAAAGGCCGUCUCUGCCUCCCUGGAUAACCCAACUAAAGGAGGAAAAGCCAUGAGCAAGAAGCAGCAGAAGCUGGCGGAAGCGGCAAAGAGUUCACGCAACAUUUCUCAGUACUUCACAAAGAAACAAACAACAGAGAAAAUCCAGGAGGACGCCGACAUGCCAGAGGAACUCGAUGCUACUUUUUCUCACACUCCCAGUGAGAUCGCUCAAGAAAACAUUAGCCGGGAGCAGCACUCGCCUGCCUCUGUGGAAGCCGUAGAGAGCAGCCAGGAUGUGAUCCAAGCAGAAAGCAAAACUGCGGUAAUAGUGAUACCUGAUGAUAAUAAAGAGAAGAAAACAGCUGAGAUUUUGAACACAUCUGAGCAGGAUACAACAUCCAUCACAGAACAAAACAAACCCAAAGAGGAAGCUAAACCACCUGAAAUUCAAGAGGGGACGGAUGACAUCAAAGAAAAAAGGGAUUUGUCUCCUCCGGCGAAGCGCAGUCGCCCCACUGAUGGACACAGCAGGAGAGUAACCUUCAACCCCAGUGUGCAGGAGAGAGCCCUGCAUCCGGUCAACGUACCGCCGAAGCCUGUGAUGCUGAAGGAAGCAGCUGAUAUUGUGGUCCGCUAUCUGGACCCCUUUUAUAAACAGGGAAAGUUUGCAACCAAGGAGCUGUUUAAAUCUUUUGCUCGCUACUUGUCUCAUCUCCUUGCAGAAGGGAGGAGUCGAGGAAAAAGCCAAGUUAAAGCAGAAGCCAAGGCUCUUAUCAAGAAGUUCUUCAGCAGCGUCCAGCGCUGUGAGAGCGAAGCAGACUGGAAGCACCUGAAAAGACCACACAGCCGUAAAACCACAGAGAAAAAUAAAUGAUGGGAAAAGGGGAAAUGUAGCCAUUUCCAGGAUCAAAGCCUUCCUCUUUGUCAGUGCCUAAGCUUUAGUUCCAAUGAUGUCAGGCUUUGACCAGGUUUGUGCUGCUGAAAGUUCUGCUUUUUUCAGGCUGGUGGCUGUUGCUUAUGUCAACAGCUGAGCAAUAAAACUGGGACUGUUAUAGCCUGAGAGGGCAGAGCAAAGCGCACGCUGAAUGUAACCAGUGUUCUUUAUGUUUUGACCCAUUUAUUACAAAUUGUGUUUGCUUUAUGUUGCAAAAAUCAGACUUCAUUUUGGUAAAAUAUGAGGAUAUAGGGAAUUUUUCAAGCCAGUCUGCACUUAUAUUUGCUGCAAAUCAUGUUUCAGAUCAGCUGAUUUUCUGUAAGCUGAGCGCAGUGAGGCUGCACAGUGGAGCUUUGAGCAUUAUGCCAACAGACCCUUUUUCACAGCAGUCGUUUUGGCUUGUCAUGGCAGGAAAAUUCCAUAUAGGUGUGCUGCUUCCACAGUCCUCAUAUUGUACAGUCUGGCUCAGUGCCACAGCUUACUGGGAAUCUUAAUUGAACUUGAUGAAAUUAGCUUUCUCUGUGUUUUUCCUGCUGUGAGAAGGCAAAAAAAUCUGCAGAAAAAAAGGUGUAUUUUAGUGUCCUAACGUGACUUAAUGAUGGUAACUAGAGGAAAAAAUAGUAGGAAGUCCGUAAGAUUUAUCCUCUGGGCACCAUGCAUGCCAAAUUACAAUGCACUUUGGUGGACCAACUGAUAUUUCCAACCCCAAAGCCAAAACACGUUGUCGCUAACAGUGAUGUGUGUGCGCAUAGAUGGUUGCAUAAUUUGAAUUGAAGUAAAUUUG